CUGUGGGGCAGUGACCCUCUCCCCUGUGAGUGACUUGCAUGCACAACUCUCAGCCAAUACUUAGGUUCCAUACAGUCAUUUACAAGGAAUUAUACCGUCGCAGUGUGCUCCUGGUAUUUUGAGGCAUAUCAUCCCCCACCAGGGAUGGACAUUAGUGUGAAUGGCACUUGGUUAUUGGGUCCCGUCACCUCUCCCUCCAGGAUGAAGCUUUCUACAUGUGUGUGGACUCUGGGGCUGCUACUCCCCGCGCUGUCAACCCCCCAGGCGGUCAAAGACAUCUGCAAUGCCAAACCCAAAGAUGUGCCCCUGGAGCCCAGGUGUGUCUACCGCAGCCCGGAGGAAGAAGCCGUGGACGCCGACGGCGAGCAGGAGAAAGUCCCUGAGCACACCAACCCCCGGGUUUGGGAGCUGUCCAAGGCUAACAGUCGUUUUGCCCUGUCCCUGUUCAAGCAGCUAGCCAAAGGCAAAUCCAACGAGUCCAACAUCUUCAUGUCCCCCAUCAGCAUUUCUACGGCCUUUGCCAUGACCAAGCUGGGUGCCUGUAACAACACGCUCAAAGAGAUUAUGAAUGUGUUUGAGUUUGACACAAUCAAAGAAAAGACUUCGGACCAAGUGCAUUUCUUCUUUGCCAAGCUGAACUGUCGCCUAUACAGGAAGAAGGACAAGACCACAGAGCUCAUUUCAGCCAAUCGUCUUUUUGGAGAAAAGUCCCUGUCAUUCAAUGAGACUUACCAGAAUAUUAGUGAGCUGGUGUAUGGAGCUAAACUCAUGCCACUUAAUUUCAAGGAGAAGCCAGAACUUUCUCGGGUGGCCAUAAACGAUUGGAUUGCGAAUAAGACUGAGAACAGGAUUCAGAACACCCUGCCAGAGGGUUCUUUGGACGACACCACUGUACUCGUCCUGGUCAACACAAUCUAUUUCAAGGGUCAGUGGAAAAGCAAAUUCGACAAAGACAACGUCUUCAAGGCAGAUUUCCACGUGAGUAAGUCGAAGACGUGCCCGGUGUCCAUGAUGUACCAGGAAACCAAGUUUCGUUACGGCAGGUUCACUGAGGACAAGGUGCAGUUGUUGGAGCUGCCGUACCGCGGAGAUGACAUCACCAUGGUCCUGAUCCUACCUCUCAAAGACACAACCCUGUCCGAGGUGGAGGCGAAACUGAAUAUGAAGACGCUGACCGGCUGGCUGCAUAACAUGAAGGAAACAUCAGUGUCGGUGCAGCUCCCCCGCUUCCGCAUCGAAGACGGCUUCAGUCUGAAGGAGAAACUGCAGGCCAUGGGGCUCAAGGACCUCUUCAGCUUUGACGCCAGCCUGCCAGGCAUCCUUGAAGAUGGGGCGAAUCCCUUGUACAUUUCGGAAGCAUACCAUAAAGCUUUCCUAGAGGUGAACGAGGAAGGCAGCGAGGCGGCGGCGGCCACAGCGGUAGUGGCCAUCGGCCGCUCCUUCAACUUCAACCGCGAGGUGUUUGUGGCCAACCAUCCCUUCCUCCUGUUUAUCCGCGAGUCCAGCAUCAACACCAUGGUGUUCGCCGGCCGAGUGGCUGACCCCUGUGUCCCCUGAUUUGAUCUCUCAGGCAAACACACACAUCGGGGGUUUCACCUGAAAUAAAUCAAUGGGCCGGACAGUGGACCAGUGUGAUGUAGAA